UCAUUUGCAGUGUAAACCAUUCCUUGAAACAGCCAGGGACAAUUGACUGUAACUGCACCGUUAAAAACGAAACUAAAUAAAUCUAGGAAGAUAAACAUAGGUCAAUGCUUAUAGUGACAUCGAUGUAUUAAAUUAUGUAAUCGUUUUAAAUUUAACUUUAUAUUUUUUUUAAAUUUUUAUUGUAAAUGAAUCAAAAAAUGUAAUCAAAAUUAAAAUGUAUCAUUUAAGAUUCAGUGUAUGGAGAGCUUUAGUCUCUCGUUUUAUGAAAUACCGAAUGAACUGUAAAUGUGUGCACUGUGAAUCUUCAUAUUUUAAUCUUUUAACGAGAAAUUCAUCUGUAUUCAGUAUAAGAGUUGCAGAAUCCGGGAAAAAUCAUUUUAAGACAAACCGUGGUUAUGCUAUGUUUGCUGGGUUUUUAACGUGGCUUGGCUUAAAAAAAGAAGAGGAGGAUCACAUGAUUUCUGUGAUUAAACUCGGAGUUUUGAAUCUUCAAAGGAAAGAAUACAAUAAAGCUGAAACUGUUUUGCAUCUUGCUUUGAAAUUAGCACAAGAACGGCAAGAUUUGCAAGCUCAACGAUACAUAUUUGAUCUACUUGCAAAUGUGGCUUUUGAGAAAGGCGACUUGGGAAAAGCUGAAAAAUUAUUUAUUGAACUUACUAAAGAACUUCUUGCCACGGGUACGUCCUAUGACGAUAAUUCUGUUGUCGAAAUUUCUCUGAAACUUGCAUCCAUCUAUAGCCAAAGAAGUGAAAGAGAAAAAGCUGAGAGUGGUUUCAAGUUUUGCAUUAGCACCCAAUUGAAAAAAGUUGAUACCAUAGAUCUACAGGAUGUUGAUGGACUAUCUGAACAUGAUAAAGACACAAUACUACUGUGGGCAAUGAGUAUGGAUUGGUAUGCAAAACAUUUAUUGUCAGUAGGGAUGCUAAAAGAGGCCAAAGAGAACUUUCAAAAAGCCUUUUACAUUUCUGAAAAACUUAAUGGCCCUUCACAUCCACAGACGCUAGUACUGAUGAACGAUAUUGGAAGUGUACAAAGCUUACUUAAAGAGUACAGCUCUGCCAUUGAAACUUUUGAGAUGGUUAUUAAAAGAUCUGUGGGUAGUGACUCUAACGACGUGCCAGCUUUUUAUUGCAAUUUGGGUGCCACCUAUUUGCAAAUUGGUGAUGUGGAAAGAGGGGAGACUGCUUGCAAAAUGGCUUUGAGGCUGGCUAAGAAAUCCGAGCAUUCUGAUGCUCAGUCCGAUGCUGAAGAAUGUCUUGCAGAAGUUAGUUCUCGUAGGUUUUCAUGAGUGCUAAAACUAGUAAAAUUUGUGUUAUGCCAAAGAUUGUUCUACUGUUCUAAUACUUAUCUGUUCUUUCUUGAAAUUCAUUAACAUGUAAUGAAAAUACAUCAGUGUUCUUUAAUUUUUUAUGCGUUUGAUUGUUUAAUUUAUUUUAAUUUGCAAAAAAAAAAAAAAAACAUUCAAGGCCAAUAAAAUAUAGUUCACUUAUUUCGUCUGAUAAGUGGAAAGAGAGCUAGGGUAAAAUUAGGAAAUUCAGCUAUUGUCCAAUGGACAGUUAUAAAAAUUUAAAGCGUGGUCAUUUUUUAAAAAAAAAAUUUAAAUUUUGAGUUAUUAAAAAAAAUUGUUAAUAAUAUAGUGAAGCAUUUCUCAAAAUACAAUAAAUAUUACAAGGCUUAUUUUGAAAAUAAAAACAUUUAAGAAAUAAGCAUGAAAUAAAGUGAUCUUCAGAAUAUUAUAAAAUAUUCAUAAUUCCAUAGGGGUCUGUCUGGGCCAAAAUUUACUACCGUUUAGUAAUACCUUCACGAAUUCAACCAUUAAGAAAAACGGUAGUUUCACAAAAAACUUUUUCUUAAAAUUUUAUUCCUGUAUUCCUUAAGAAACGAUAAACCCAUAUUUUUUUAAUAUAAUUUUCACAAAUUAUGUCUAAAUUUUCGCAAAAUAGGUACCUCUGAGAAAAACCUAGACAGACCCGAUAUAUAUAUAUAUUUAUAUAGACACACAUAUAUAUAAAUGCACAGUGCGUGCAUUUUCGUUUGACUCACGAUGGUUUUUACUGUCAAAAACCUAGAUCUUUGGUUCAGUGAUGUAUUUUCAUUUUAUUUUUAUUAAUUAAAAAUUAUAUAAAAAAAUAUUUUAAAAUCCUAAAGCAUUAAAUUAAAAAAAAAGUUAUAAAAGAUAUUAGACAAAGAAUAACUUAAGUUUAUUGAUAAAAAUAUGAUGAUGUAUUUCCAUAUUCUUCGAACCAAUUACCCUGAUUAUUAAAAAUGCCAUUUUGUAUACAA